AUGAAAUAUGAUCAACGCAGUAUCUGGCAAGUCACAUAUAAUAGAGUUAAUCCAGAACAAAAUGAUAACAAUCAACAGACUAAUAAAUGGAGCAAACCAAUAUAUACUAAUUUGUCACAAUGGUCCUGUUGCUGUUCAAAAUCUCUUUUAUACGGACUUAUUAUUGGAGGAUUAAUUGUUGGUGUGGCAUUUGCAACGAUUCUCACAUUAUAUCUACGUGAAUCAGCAUUAUUUAACAUCAAUUUGGUGACAAAUGGCAAUGGUGAAAUUGGAAAUUGCUCAUCUUCGAAUGCAUCUGUUAGUCCAAUGGGAUGGAAUGUCAACGGACCUAUCGCACAAAUAUAUUAUAACAAUACUUCUUUUCCAGAUCAGAAUUUUGCAACUAUCGGACCGAAUGACCGUGGCAAAUGUUAUUUUAUGGGUCAUGACUCAGCAUCAACAUCGAUGUGGCAAGUCGUGAAUUUGACAAAUCAGAUCGAUCCUGUUCUUAUUGAUAGUUUCACAGUAAAAUUUAAUCUUUCAGCAUGGCUUGGUGGUAUCACUGUUCAAAAUGAUAGUGUUGUUAUAAUGUUGACUUUUUCUGAUGGAAAUAAUCUGAUGGUAGGCAAUAAUACAUAUAUCGGACCUGUGCUUGCUACCGAUCGAGCAAAUCGAUCAUUAUUAGUUGCUAAACAAGCAACUGGACUUGUACCUGUUCACGCUCGUUCAGUGACGAUUCUUGUUACAAUAACUCGAUUUACAGGAACAGCCAACAAUGGUGAUGUCGAUGAUAUCGGCUUUUAUUUAUAUCAAUGA